GCACAAUUCAUAUUUCUGAUUAUUAAUAUCGUUGUUGUUGUUAUUAUAAUUAUGCCUAUCUUCUCUUUGUUCCAUAACUGCGGAAUCCUUGAAACCAUUUUUCCUCAACUUAUACUUGUCGAAGUUUUGCAGGUGACGAAAGGAAUGACGUUUUGCAGAUGCAUCCAGUGGAUGUAGCAGGGCUCAGCAAAUUACAUGGAGAGCAAAGCUGUCACUGAUGCCAAGAGUUUGGUGGACGAGCUAUAUCUGCAGUUGUGUACACAGACCAGCUUAUUGUCAUGUCUCCUUCUGGUAUCCCAACAGAACAAAUGGUUCCACAAGAUAUGUGCGUUAUGUGGUCACAAGGGUUCGUGUUGUCAAGUUCUAGCCACAAAUCCAAUUCGCAUCCCCCACAGCGCGCACCUGCAAAGUGUACUGAUUCUGCUUCUCUGUUUAUGAAGGUGGAUUAUCCAUCUGACUCUG